AUGGAAAUGUCUUCUUGGUCCUCAGAUUUUAAAGAACAAUCAAGGUUGUGUGAUGAUCUAGACUGUGAUAUGGAUUAUUUACUCUCUGGAAGGUAUGAAAUACUGGCAUCGGCCAAUACCACUGUUCAUUGUAAUUCUGUACAGUCUGCAUUUGCUUUACCAAAAUCAACAAACUCAUCCUUUUGCUCACCAAAUCAGACACAUCCUAUAAAUUCGAUAUUCCCUUGUAGAAAAGUCAUUACAUGCUCAUGUCGGUGCUGUGAUCCAUUCUCAGAUCACCUCAGUCAUAUGACAAGUAGAAGUAUAAACCAAGUACAUGAUAAAAAUAUUGACUUUCCGUGUAUUAUUAUGGAUGAUAAUGAUGUUGAUGUUGAUAAUGGCGACGAUGAACAGCCUAAAUUAAAUUUAACUGAUCCAUUAAUGACGGAUAUUGCGGCUGGGGAAUUAGAUAACUCACCUAAUUCAUGUCAUGAAUAUGAUACGUUACUUAUGCUUCCUUCCUCAUCAUCAUCUUCUACAUCAUCAAUUGGAUACAUCAAUAAUCAUUGUAAUUCCAUGUGUUCAAGUCCUACAGAAAUGGAUUUCUUAAAUUCAUCCACUUCUUCAUAUGCUAAUAAUUGUAACAAUAAUAAUAAUAUUAAUAAUUGUUAUAGUACAGUAUCUCCAAUUGAAUGUUCUUCAUCAUCGUCAAAUAGUUCUUGUUGUUCAUUUAAAUCACAACAAUGCUACAAUUGUAUGAACUCAAUUCAGGUGAAUAAUCAUUUAAAUAAUGAUAAUGUAUCAUCAAAAUCUUCUAAUAAUUCUACAACUACUGCUAUUAGUAGUAGUAAUAGUAGGGCUACUACUAUUACUAAUUCCGUUGAUACUAUUGCUCCAGAUAGUACUGUUAUUAUUUCUACUUCUAAUCCAUAUGUGAAACUGUUUACAAGUUCAAAUAGUUCACUUAUUGAUCAUCAAACUCAACCACAUAUUUCAUCAUUAUCAAUCAGAACUAGUAAACCUGUAUGGCAAAUGAAAUUCACACAAAUCGUUUCCUGUAAUAAUAAUCAUAUUGAUCAAAUCUAUAAUUCACAUCCAAUUUCAAUGCAUUAUGAUUAUUCUCUUAGUAAUAGUGAUAUAGUACAGCAAUUACCAUCUAAUCAAACUGUUACGUCAUCUCAAGGACAAACUGUUCAAUAUCCUACUCAUGAUUUAUUAUCCACUUAUACAUUUCAGUUAUCUCCAUCAAUUUCAAAUAAUCAAAGAGAAAAGUUAUUCUAUAAUAAUGAUAAUAAUACUAUCGACAAUAAGAAUGUUGAGGGUACUGUAAAUAUUCUAGAAAGUGAAGAAAAUAGUCUUAUGUAUACACCUGUUCCAAUGCGAAAAGAACAUAAUGAAUCAUCGUCCAUUCGACCGUCAUCAUCAUCAUUAUCUUCAUUUUCAAUAACACCAACACUAACUAGCAAUAGUACUACUAAUUCUGUAACAUGUAAAAACCAGUCUAAAACUAAUUCAAUCCAUCAUUCUAUAAAUAUAUCUAAUCCUGUUCAUAAACGUUUGCAUUUGUUACAAUUUAUUAGUAAACUUUUACAAUAUUCUUCUGAUUCAUCAACAUCAUCUUUAACGAAUUCCACAAAUUCAUCGUCAUUGUCAUCAUCAUCAUCCUCUGCAUUACUUUCAUCAUUAUUUCCUACAACAUCUACAAGUUCAUUUUGUUCAAUUAAUCAACAACCGGAUGAAUUUAUACUACAUUUAUUCAAUCCUAAUUCACAAUAUCUUAAUUGUGUUCAAUGGAUUGAUAAACAAGCACGUAUUUUUCAAAUAAGAAAUCCACAAAAGUUAUCACAAUUAUGGGGAUAUUAUCGUAAAAAUGUCAAUAUGACUUUUGAAUCGGUUAGUCGUAGUUUAAGAUUGUAUUAUGUCUCUGGGAAAUUAGAACGUAUUCGUGGUCAACGUAAUCAAUAUCGUUUUUUAGACGUAAAUGCUUAA